AUUGCCAUAUUCUCGACAAUAUGUCUCUUCUUAACCGGUCUCGAAAUAUGCUGGCGGAUUAAGGAACGAGGCUCAACUGAAGGUAUCGGAUCUGCACCGUUUCACAUGGGUUUCGUAUCGGGUUAUUUGUGGUUACAUUAUGGAGUUUUGAAAGGCGAUAGACGAAGACAAAUGCGAACGACAAUUUUUGAAACGGUUUGUCUUACAUUGAUGCAUUUGUAUGUGCGUUACUCGAGUGAUUCCACUGAAGUGAUUCUCGAUCAUCUUGGACUGGUUUGUGCCGCAUUCAACGUUGCUACGGUUGCCGCACCUCUGAUGGCUUUGGGUGAAGUUAUUCGCAUGCGAAGCACCGAAAAUCUACCAUUACCGUUGUGUUUCGCGAAUUUAUUGGUCACUUCCGAAUGGCUUUGGUACGGCAUUCUCGUUGACGAUUUCUAUAUUAAGGUUUGUGUGGUUGUCUGUACCUUACUUCUUCUCAUUAUGUGCUGCGGAUAG